CUGACCUGUCGCGCAUGUCUGUCUCUGGGACAUAAACAAGACCUGCAUGAUCAGAGAAGCCGCUGGGGAACAUAACCUGGGCCGGGUACGGAAACAUUUUCGCAUAGAAACGAGACACUGACGGGUGAGAAACCAAUCAGCUUACGAAGAGAAAUCCGACUGUUAUACGACCAGCCGCGCAGGUGUAAUCAUGGGGAAGACACUGUCUCACCUGCCUAAGCAGACGUGCCACGAUGAGUGCCAUGCCAGCCUGACCUCUUCACCUGAGUACAAUGCCAUGCAGAGUGAGGACAGCAAGAAUGGUGAUGUCUCCCAGUUCCCCUAUGUAGAGUUCACUGGUAGAGACAGUGUCACCUGUCCAACAUGCCAGGGCACUGGGCGGAUCCCACGAGGUCAAGAAAAUCAGCUGGUGGCAUUGAUUCCAUAUAGUGACCAGAGGCUGAGACCAAGGAGAACAAAGUUAUAUGUGACGGCCUCGGUGAUCGUGUGCCUGCUGCUCUCCGGGUUGGCGGUGUUCUUCCUUUUUCCCCGCUCUAUUGACGUGAACUAUGUGGGGGUGAAGUCUGUCUAUGUCACCUAUGACCAGACCAAGCGCAUCGUAUAUCUUAAUAUUACUAACUCGCUGAAUAUUACUAACAACAACUAUUACUCCGUGGAUGUGGCCAACAUCACAGCACAGGUGCAGUUCUCCAAGACUGUGAUUGGAAAAUCCCGCAUCAGUAACGUUACGAGCAUCGGCCCCCUGGACAUGAAGCAGAUUGAUUACAUGGUGCCCACCAUCAUAGCAGAUGAAAUGAGUUAUAUGUAUGACUACUGUACUCUGCAGACCAUCAAAGUGCACAACAUUGUGGUCAUGAUGCAGGUAACGGUGACCACAGCAUAUUUUGGCCAUGCUGAACAGGUCUCCCAGGAAAUGUACCAGUAUGUGGAUUGCGGAGGAAACACUACAUCGCUGCAUGAGUACACGUUAAGAACUCCUGAAUCAGAUUAGGGCUUGAACCCAUUGCAUUUAUCCCCCCUUUCCAUACCCCAGUCACUGUAUCCUUCUUUCUGGCCAAACUGAUCUACACUAUAUUCCACUGAAGAAUAAUCAGGGUGGUUUCAUAUCAUAAACGAUGCACUUUAUUUUCAAAUACCUUUCAAGACAAUGCUGCUUCUUGUAGCAGUGGAACAAAACCACUCCAAACUGAACCACUCAUACCUAUAUUUUGUAACAUUUUUUUUUCAUCAAUUUUGAAAAAGAAAAAUCACUUUAGAUGCAAAAAUUUUGUUUGUCUACUAACUGAUGUUGUCGGUUCCCUGUUUAAAAUUGUGUGUAUAACUCGAGUUACUGAUACUCUUUUCUAAUAUCCGUUAACAGUAGUCAGUGACAGGGCAACCUGAAGCUAUAGGUCAUGCAUGUUUUUUUUAUGUCUCUUGCGGUGUUAUUUCUAUAUAAUAAGUACAAAUAUUUAUUAGAAUAAUGGUUUACCUCAUGUCAGUACCAGUCCCUCACCUCAUGCAGUUUUACAAACAGCGAGGGGUAGGGUUUGCGCUGUGGGUCAAUUUCAAGUAGUUUCAGUUUUUUCUGCAUUUCAUAAACAAAUUACAUUUCUUUGCCUCUAUUUUUAAGCUGUGCAAUAGAGGUUGAAAAUGACCUGAAAACAAACUACUUAUUAUAACACUGUUUAUUUGGGACUAAUUGCGUUUAUCUGAAUGUAAAUAAGGGUUUUUGAAAAAGAAACCAAACAUUCCGCACAAGAAUUAAACUUUAUGCCUUUUGUGGUGUUCAUUACAUAUGGAGUCGUAUGCAAAAGUUUGGGCGCCCCUGGUUAAAUGAUGUUUUAUUGCUGUUCUAAGUUAAAAUAAAUGAACACAUCCUUUACAGGGAACACACUUCCGCACAUUUUAAUGCACAACUACUGUUUAUUUGCUGUAUUUAACAUAUUGGGGAAAAAUGAAAUAAAAUGUGAUCUGUCAGAAGUUAUGACAGUUUAUUUAUUUAUUUAUUUUUCCCCCAGCAUGUUAAAUAAAUAAACAAAAUAAUAAAUGGAAACUGUAAAAUAAGCAGAUGUUUAAGUUCUUUCCCUGCAGAAGAUGUCAUAUUCACUUAGAAAGUCAACAGAAUCAGUAAUGUGACCCAGGAUGUUUAAACUUCUGCACACACCUGUAUAUACAUUGUUUUCUUCCUUGAGUGAGCUACUUGUUUUGCUCUGAUGUGUUGAACUAAACAGGAGAGAACUUUAGUAAUAGCACUUUAAUAAUGCAUUUUUUAACAUUGUUACUACACCAGAUGUGCAUAACACAGCAUUUUUAACAUUUUUAAUCAAAUUUGUGAGAAAGAUCUUAAAAGGGAUCUUGCUUGAAGAAUCAAGGUGGGGGGACACUUAUUAACAAAUACUAUAGAAGCUAAUAAGAGAGUAGGCACUGUUUAUUCUGUAACAAGAACAUGGCUUGAGGUGUGCAAUCCUACAUGUUCAUAUAAUUUACCUUAAGUUGAAGAAAGUGUUUUAGAAGUGAUUUUGUAUGAUUGGAUUUGAAUUUACUGAGGACUCGCUUUGAGUUCAGAUAUAAAAUUUGUUUGCCCACUUAAAGGUCUUUGAAUAAGACUGCUAAGAAACUUUUUUGUCAGCAGCUCAAUAAUAAAGUACUUGGUGUGCCAGCAGGUUUUGUUAUAUUUACCAGGUGUGUUUGAAAAUGUACAGGCGUUUUCCAGAUUGUAACUGCUGUAUGUUUGAGGUGUUUUAGCAUCAGCUUAGUUCUCAGAAAUCUAAUAAAAUAUGUAAUAUUUCCAGGUGACAAAAGUAAACUUAUGUAAAAAGACACACAUGCACAUAAAUAGUUUUGCUACGUGGUCAUCUGAAACAUAUUUUCUUGGCAUGAAUAAAGGUCUAAAUCCUGUUGUGA